AUGGACAGUCAUGGGCUAACUGUGAGGUCCAUGUUCGAGGCGGCCCCGGUCCUUACGCUGGAUCUUCCUUUCUCUCUUCUUUCUUUCACAGGAGGCUGUGGGGGAGGCGGUGGCGGGUGGGGGCGGGGGCUGAUCCGCGAGGACGAAAAUCCACUCUGGCCUCUGUUAAUGCUCAUUCAGUGUCUGGCGGCGAUGCUGUCGACCGUGAUGGAGCAGUCGUCCUUCUCGGUCAGGGACAUCCUGCAACUCGGCCACCCCCAGCCGACAAUGGUGCCCACCACCCCCUACGCUUGCUACCUCGAUGAACCUGGCGGCCUGCUGCUCGACUACCCUGAUGAGCCCGCGGCCAACACCUUCGAGCCGGCACCGUUCGCCUCCUGGCAUCACGAGCAGGAACCCUUCCAGCAGGUGCCAGAGCCGCAGCAGCCCCACCACUUGCCCGCAGUAUUCCACCCAAAACGUCAUAUUUUUUACUCUGUUUCAGGAGAUAUAUCCAAAUUUGAGAAACUGCCUGCCACCUCUAAAUCAAAGUCUGAUGUAUCGAAGCCAAGGAUAAAGCGGAAGCCGCGCGUACUGUUUUCACAGAUUCAAGUACAAGAGUUAGAGCGGCGGUUCAACCAACAACGUUACCUGAGUGCACCAGAGCGCGACCAAAUCGCAUCGCAGCUUGAACUGACAUCGACGCAGGUCAAAAUUUGGUUCCAAAAUCGAAGAUACAAGUCAAAACGUUUCCCACCGUUGCCUGCACAGCCGGAGAUCGUAACAACUUCACCCUGCACACAUUCACGGCGUCUGAACGAGCCUAAAGAGCUUGCAGAAAAGGUGCUAAACAACAACAACAACAACCUGGCCUCGUGCAACAACCACAUGGUGACGACGAGCGUGGCGACGGCCACCGUGCACCACCAGCCCUUCCCCUCCUACGACCACUACUUCUGUCCACCACCCUACAGCACAGCUCCUGCGCCACCAAGAGGCUCGCAGCCGACUCCUAUAGCACAAGUCUUCGCCUCGGACUUUGAGCCCACCUACGCUACCCUGCAGAGUGUCAACACUGCUGCAGUUCAGCAGCCUGGCAGGUGCUGGUGAAGAUUGUAGUUAGGACAAAAACUUUCUUCAUAAUCAUCUCUUCUUUA